ACUUUAAAACCACUUAUUUUUUGAGGGGAAUUUUAUGAUUAGUUAUCAAUCUUAAUUUCCUCUAACAAGUUUUAGUUUCCCAAUUUAAAGCUUCAAAAGAUUCAAUCAAUUUAAUGGCAGUGACAAAUUAUUUGGAUACAACAUUAGUUCCUUUAAGUUUGUUUUUGAGUGUGGGAUAUCAUGUUUUUCUUUGGCACAAUUUCAAGCACAAUCCUUCUCUUACCACCAUUGGAAUCAACACUCUCAAGAGGAGGGAAUGGCUUCAAGGUAUCAAAACGGGUGAUGACAAGAAAGAGGUACUAGCAGUUCAAAGCCUAAGGAACACUCUAAUGGAGUCAAUACUAACAGCAACCAUAACCAUGCUAAUAACCACUGCACUAGCAGCAUUAGCCAACAACGCGUACAAGGCCAGUGACCUUUUGGCUACGACUCAAUUUUUCGGGUCCCAAACAGGCCGGAUCGUUGUCCUCAAGUAUGGUUCAGCAUUGGUGUUCUUACUGACCAGUUUCCUGUGCAGCUCAAUAGCCAUCAGCUACUUGGUGGAUGCUAACUUCUUGAUCAACGCGUCAGGCGAGUUGUUGAGCCGUGGGCAUACAAAGAGAGUGUUGGAAAGAGGGUUUCUAAUGGGAGUUGUAGGGAGUAGAAUGUUGUGCAUUAGUCUGCCUUUGUUGUUGUGGUUGAUUGGUCCUGUGUUUGUGCUCAUUUCUUCCUUGGUCAUGGUAUGGAUUUUGUAUGGGCUAGAUUAUGCUACUAAAUUGCAUGGUCUAACAAUGAGUACCAAAUCUAGUGUUAUUGAUGAGUCUAAUUGAAUAUGGACUUUCAUAUUUCCUUGGGUUAUCUCGUCAAGUACUAUAUAAAACACAAUAUAUACUACUCGUAUCAUCUAUUUCUUAGUAUAUGUUAUUUUGAUAGCUUUUUGUUAGAUUAAGCUCAAUUUAUAUUUAUAAUAAUAAUAAAACUAGUCUUUUGGCCCGUUUAA